AUGUCUGACUGGGGGCCGGUGCUGAUCGCGGUGCUGUUCUUCGUGCUGCUCACGCCGGGGCUGCUGUGCCAGAUCCCGGGCAGCAACGGGCGGUUCGCGGAGUUCCACAGCAUGCGCACCAGCGGCGCCGCCAUCUUCGUCCACACCCUCCUCUUCUUCGGCUUCUGCGCCAUCUUCAUGGUCGCCAUCGGCGUACACCUCUACGCCGGCUAG